UCCUCCAGAUCAGGAGCGACAUCAGGGAAGGACGGUUGCAGUGCCCGCUGAGUGCAGCUGUAGUGCUGGCUUCUUAUGCUGUGCAGUCGGAGAUGGGGGAUCACUGUCCGUCCAGACAGCCGGGGUACCUCUCGAAAUGCCACUUCAUUCCCGAACAGGACGAAGACUUUGUGUCUAAAGUGGAAGACCUGCAUCCGCAGCACAAGGGGCUUAAGCAGAGUGAGGCGGAGCUGUGUUUUCUCAACACUGCACGGACGCUGGAGCUGUACGGAGUGGAGCUGCAUGCUGCCACGGACACCAACAAUACGCCUCUAAUGGUGGGUUUGGCCUCCAGUGGUGUUGCAAUGUUCUGCAAUAUGAUUUGCUCCAGUUUCUUCCCCUGGGGGAACAUCAUCAAGAUAUCUUAUAAGAGGAGACGCUUCGUUGUACACCUGAAACGCAAACAUGGGGAAACCCAAGACUGUGAGGUGUCUCUAAACCUGCCCUGCCCCAAGACGUGUAAGAACUUAUGGCGGUCCUGUGUGGAUCACCACUCCUUCUUCUCCUCCAGCCGGACUGCCAGGAGCCCCAAAUACAACAACAGCACGGUUAAGGGCUACAAGCAGCUCAUAACGCAGCACCUGGGCCUGAGCAACAGUAAAACUGAGGAAGGUCCGGUGUGCCAGAGGGUCGUAGGGGGGAUGGUGUGGAACCCGGUUCUGCAGAGGUCUAUUUCAUCAGAGCAUCUCGAGACCAAGAGUCUGCCCUCCAGAUCGCCGCCAUCAACCCCCAACUGGAGAAGUCCCCGAGUUCGCCAUGAGAUCAGAAAGCCUCGUCCGUCAUCGGUAGAGCUCAGCACGGACCUGAAAGACAUGUCAGAGGGGGAGGACGUCUUCUACACGUACAGGGCCUCUGUGGGCAGCAGCAAGGACAGCGAAGGAGACGCAUCGUCUCAUCGCUUUUCUGCUCCUAACAGUCAAGGAUCUGGUGAGGGUUUGUUGCAAGCUGAAGACAGCAUCGGGGAAGAAGACAGCCCGUUCCACAACAAUAAGGAUGCUCUUGGUGACGGCGACCUGAUGCUGAUAUGCAUCACUCCAGACCACGAGGGGAAAUUUGGCUUUAAUGUGAAAGGUGGAGUGGAUCAGAAGAUGCCUCUGUCCAUAUCUCACGUUAAACCGGACUCCCCGGCCGGUCGAUCUGAACCCAGACUGCAGGAGGGCGACCUGGUCCUGCUCAUCAACGGUCGGGACAUUUCCGAACACACACACGACCAGGUGGUCAUGUACAUCCGAGCCAGCCGAGAGUCUCACUCCAGGCAGCUGGCUCUGCUCAUAAGACGUAAAGGUUCGGGCCGGGUCAUGCCUCAACUGCAGCUGUCAUUCGCCGCCCUCUCGCUCACCAUCCCACCACAGGAGAACAAGCCUCAGUCACCGGGUCAGCUGGAGCGGGUCACCACGUUGGAGGAGUCCAUGAAGCAGCUGGAGAGAGGGAUACAGUCUGGCACGCUGUCCUUCCAUUUUGAGAAUUUAUACAAGAGGAAGCCUGGUCUGUCCCUAAGCUGUGCACGGCAAUCCGAGAACCAGGAAAAGAACCGCUACAGAGACGUUUUGCCUUACGACGACACCCGAGUGGUGCUGCUGGGGAAGGAAGACUACAUCAAUGCCAGCCACAUCACGACAAAGUGCCACCAGUACUGGCCGCAUCCGCCGGAGGUGAAGGAUUACGGCCACUUGUCGGUGAAGUGUCACUCAGAGGAGUGCAACCUGGCGUACGUGACGAGGCAGUUCACUCUGAGGCACAAAAAGUUAGCUGAAGAGUUUUCAGUCACACACCUGCAGUACGUCGCGUGGCCGGACCACGGCGUACCCGAUGACCCCUCGGACUUCCUGCUCUUCAUCAGCUCGGUGAGGGAGAGGAGGAAAGCCACAGAGCCGCUGAUGGUACACUGCAGUGCUGGGAUUGGGCGGACAGGUGUCCUCAUCACCAUGGAGACGGCGCUGAGUCUCAUAGACGCGGGUCGGCCGGUUUUCCCGCUGGACAUUGUGAAAACACUAAGAGACCAGCGAGCCAUGAUGGUUCAGACCACGUGUCAGUUCCAGUUCGUGUGUGAAGCCAUUCUUCGCGUCUACAAAGAGAAAGAGGAGAAAUCCAAAGCACCGUAAUCCGAUUCGACGGCGGGACCAAACCAGACUCGCUGCUCUGCCUCUGUUAACAGGAGGGACUUCUGCAGAGAUCCAGCAGAUUAAACUCCGCCAGGCUUAUAGCGCUGGAACACGCACUGGAUAAUGAGAGUGUAACAAGCUUCAGAGCACAGCUGUCUGCGAGGAGAGGGAGAAACAGAGAGUACGAAUAUUAAACCUAGUUGGCUUUAGUUUAUGCUAAAAGGUACAUUAAGCUUAUAGAGGCUGUGGUCUCCAUAGAGACCGAUGUAGGACUGACGUGAGCUGCUAAUUUCUGUUCAAGAGGCCUCUCAGGAGCGACACUUCGACUUGUUAAGCUACAUGUGCCUUAGACCGAAGCUUCCCAAUCAAUGAGUCCAUCAAGGGCGGCAGAGGCCGAGUCAGACGGUUGUGAUGUGUAGUUUAUCUCCGACUCCUGAGAUGAGGAGCAGCGCCGACUUCAGAUGGCUACAGCAGGUAUCAGGUCAAGGAGGGAGCAGAGCUGUUUCUUGACUGCCAGAGGAUCACCAGAUUUACUGUUCAUCACGUUUUAAAUUAUUCAAACUCUAAAUAAACUCAAUGAUUUAUACAGA